AUGCACACCAACAACCUUGGGCUGUAUCUUGUGAUCAUUGGGGAGGGCUUGAUCAUUUUAGCAGAACAUCGCGUAUUUCAAUGGCACUGUUCAUUGGACGAGGCGAUGGGACAUCUUUAUCAAGACUUUCGUUCAUGGACCCAGGCAACAAAGGUGAGCUGUUCUCACAGGCGGUGGCGAUGGAAACACCUCCACACUCAAAAUUCAGAUGGUGUCCCAACGUUUCCCUGGCUGUGUGCAAAGGCAUACAAUGCCCGGGUAAUUCUGGCAUGGCUGGCAGUGGAGCUGAGUCAAGGACUUCAGCCCAUGCUGAUGCAGCGUCCAGGGGAGGCGGCUGGUGACUUUGCAAACCGCAAACAGCUGUGGAGCAUUGGAAUUGCAACAGUGCUGACAGAAGAGUAUCCCUACUACUUGACGGCGACACAGGCUCAAGGCCUUCAUGAUUUGGGCAAGCUGUGCCUUCACAUGUACCAUCUUGCAGCAGCAGUGGCGGCGAUGCAGGGCAAGUUGAGAUGGCUGGUGCUACCGAAGUUGCAAGGCUAUGCAAUUCAGGUUUGUCUCAUCACCGGUCAGGCAGUUUGCAUCAGAUGUCUCCUCCUCUUGGGCUGCACUGGUCAGGUGCUGAGCGCUUUGGAUGACGACACUGUCCUGGGCCAGCAGCACCUUUUUUCCGUCAAGUGGAGGAAGAGCUUUAAUGAUGGCAAGGUGAAGUAUUGUGGUGAGGCCUACACGACGGACGCGACGUUGCACAUCUCCUUUGGCCCGCUCGCCAAGACGGCCGAAAAGCUCAUCUCCCUCCCCAACCCGGCCAUCCUCCACGGACAAGGCAUGGUCGCGCCCUUCUGGAAUGCCACUCGAAGCGUCCUGGGCUUCGAGGAUAUGCAUGCCUACGAGGAGACAGGGGAGUACGCGUCCUCUGCGAUGGUGCUCGAUGAUGACACGGUGAUUGUCUCCAGCCCCUUUGCUUUUAACUCCAACUUGGGCAAGGUGACAGGGCAGAUGAUGUCGGAGAUGUGGGUUCGCAAAGAAAAGGAGUGGAAGCUGAAGAGCACCAUGAUGCAAUUCCAGGCCAUCGAAGCCAAGUCUCCGGGGCCGGCCAAGUCCGCGGAGGGGACAACCACUCAGCCGCAGACCUCACAGCCUUCCUCAGACACCACGGGCAGCGACUCGGGCGAUGUGAACAACACCAUCUCGGUGUCUGCUGACACUGGGAACGCUGUGGCCUCCGAAGGCCAUGGGACCUUCCUGGCUGGCUUGACGGUGCUGGUCGUGGCUUCGGUGGCCGCGGUGAUGGUGCGCCGCGCGCGGAACCGCCGGGCUGCAGCCAUCUCGGGCUUCGAGUCAAUGCUUGGCUGA